AUGGAUGAUUACCAUGUAUUGGCAAUGGUCGGGGAAGGCUCGUUUGGUCGAGUUUACAAAGCCAGAAGAAAGAAAACUGGCAAAACCGUCGCUUUGAAGUUCAUUUCAAAGACAAAUCGGAAAGCCAGCGAACUGAAGAAGCUGCAUUAUGAAAUCGAUCUGAUGAAGGGCCUCAAGCAUCCAAAUAUCAUCACAAUGCUAGACUCGUUUGAAACCGACGAAGAGGUUUGUGUUGUCACUGAGUUUGCUAAUGGAGAGCUUUUCCAAAUAUUAGAAGAUGACAAAAAGUUUCCUGAAGAACAGGUGCAAAGAAUAGCUUCUCAGCUUGUGUCUGCUCUUUAUUAUCUGCACUCUCAUCGAAUCAUGCAUCGAGACAUGAAACCACAGAAUGUACUCGUCUGUCAUGGAGGCCGAAUCAAACUUUGUGAUUUUGGAUUUGCAAGGGCUAUGAGCAUGAAUACUCUAGUUCUGACUUCUAUCAAGGGCACACCACUCUACAUGUCACCUGAACUUGUACAAGAGAAACCAUAUGAUCAUAAUUCAGAUCUUUGGUCCUUAGGGUGUAUUCUCUAUGAGCUGUUUGCUGGAACACCUCCAUUCUAUACUAACAGCAUUGUCAAACUUGUCAACAUGAUUGUUAAGAAUGCUAUCAAAUGGCCUUCAAACAUUAGUGCACUUUUCAAGGAUUUUCUCAGCGGUCUGUUGCAGAAAGAUCCAAAGAAAAGACUAACAUGGCCUCGACUUCUGUAUCAUCCAUUUGUUGCACCUGUUUAUGUGGAAGGCAACAUCUCAGAUGAAAGGAGUUUUGCUGCUGGUAUGUCGCCUGUUUCUGAGGUGAGCUCCUCCCUCAGUGGAAUUGCCCAUGAACAAGUUGCUAAGGAAGGGAGAACUAUGUUGCCAACUGGUCCUGUCAGGACCCCCAGUAAGCCGAGUCAAUCAGCUGUUGAAUUCAAAAUCUCAGCAAAGCAAUCUACAGACAUUGUAGACUCUCUUGCUGUUGAGACUAGUCUAAAUAUACCUUAUGAUUGCAUCUUUUCUCAAGACAGCAAUAGCACAGGAUUUGGUUUUGAUUGUAAUCGACAGGCUGGCAACAGACUUGUGAAAAGCAAUGCAGACAAAGUGUGUACCGGAAAGCUCAGCAUGGACAGCAAUGAUAGACAGCUUGGUUCUCACUCAGCUGCUGCAACAAUAAAUAGCAGAGCUACAGACAGUGUGGAUGGUGAUGAUAGUGAUGAUGAGUGGGAGCAGCUUUUAGAAAUGACUGUCAGACAAGGAAACAGUUCUUCGAGAGACAGCGUGCCUGGACCAACAGUGACUGCAGCAUACUUGGUCACUGAUGCUGUGUUUGUCUCAAAACUCAUGUCACGUCUUCAAUCUGCUGCGAGGCAGAUUGGGGAAGGAUUAAUGGAAGGUGGCUCAAGAAUGAGGCAGGUGUUAAGGGUUGUUACAAGUCUUCUUCAUACUAAAUGUGAACAUUUAUAUCGCUGGCAGUUUGCUAUUGCUAUUGGCUUGCCAUCACUGUCUCUUGCCAUCUUUAAAACGCUAUUGACGUCCACCAGUCAUGCACAAGAGUGGAUUGGAGAGGUCUUAGCAGAUACAGUUGAUAUGCUGACAUAUUAUUUGGCAGAAAAUUUGCAUCUGUCUACUGAAGAUGUUGUACAGUCAAGGUCAUCCAAAAGCUUUGAAGAGGAAGAGGCUCAAUUUGUGCAGUUCUGUGAGCAGCUAGUAACGUUUUUGCCUCAUCUAGUCAACAGAAGACCAGACGCACAGAACAGACUAAAAAUUAGCACUCUACAGUUGAUGAAGAGUUUAUGCCAGGCUGGUAGUAGUUGUACUCAUCAAACAAAUUUAGUAAUUUAUCAGGCAACAUUACAGCAAACUACUGUUUUGUGUAUCAUUCUUCAGGCUUUGGUUCCUGAACCUGGGAGUCAGGUUGUUCCAUCAGGUCAAUUGUUAGAUUCUGCUAUGAAUACUUUGACAUCUCUAAUGACAAACGAUCCUACCACACACCAUCAGGUUGCUGUUAGUAUAGGAAGUCUAGUAGAAAAAGAGUAUCCACAAUCAGCCAACACACUGCUGUUAUAUGCCUGUCAAUUAGGAAGACAAGAGUCACUGCAGGUUGUGUCUGAACUGUGUCUUAUAUCACCUAUCUUGGCUAUACAAAUUGUUUCCAGUAAGACAUAUUGUCAGGGAAUGGCCAAUCUUCUUCAGGCUUGUAUUUCUCAGGAUGAGUCACAUGAUCGAUUACUUAUGGUCACAUCGGUGAUCAAAACUUGUCUAACAGCUAUGCAUUAUAUCAGCCCAUCUAACACGUGGAUGCCAUCACACUUGCAGCUCCUUUUUGAGACUGCAUAUGAGAUUCUUGUCCAGGGCAAAGAAACUCUUCAUCAGGUAUUGUGCUCAGUCUUUCUGGCUAAGUUGGUCUCGUUGUAUGCUUUGCCAUCGGUCAGUUGUAUCGUUAUCAAGGAUUUUCUUUUAGUAGCAGAGAAACUAAUAGCAGAUCAUUCAACUGUGGCUCAAAGCUUUCAACAAAUUGAGACUCCUGUUCAAAUGGGCACAUUAGAUGGCAUUCCAUGUAUUCUUAAUGCUACAAUUAAACAUAAUGGCAACUCUGCUGUUCAAACACUUGUUAGCUCUUCUGCAUGGACAAUGCUAUGGACAGCAUUGCAUGAUUGUCUAAAUCAGCUAGACAGCAGUGAAAGUUGUUGCACGGUGCCUUCCUUUUCGUAUCAUGGUGUUUGCAGUGUAGCUCAGUUGGGAUGCUUGGCUAUGACUUUGGAACCAAAUAUUGUCAUUCCGCAGCUUGCCGAUAGUGAUAGUCCAUUCACUUGCUGCUGCCUUCUGAUGGUCACUAGUGCAGAAGUUGCGAAGUUUGUAGGAAGGAAAGGGAAUUUAUCUACAAGUGAGAAACUGAAUGCGGAAUUGUUGAUAUCACAAGCUCUUCAGCUGUUCUACAUUCCUCUGGCUGUAGAAAAGAGUUUGUCAAUGCUUGAGAGCAUUCUUAGUGUGUGGUAUGAGGGCAAUUUGCUGUUCAAUCUUCUCCACUGUUGCUCAUUUCUUUUGGAUGACAAGUACAUCAACAUGUUGUCAGACGUUCUUGUAAGGCUAGUUGUACCUUCUCACGACUACGCUCCUUUCAUGGAUCACUUCUGGGACUUAAUGAAAGCAAAUAAUGACUGUGUGGCUUCUGUUAAACUUCUUUUGUCAACUCGACAUUCACCCUCUGUUAUUUCUAAUGCAUUGUCACUUCUGUGUUACACUGUUGGAGAGGUUCCAGUUGCUCCUCACACUUGUCGGGGUCUCCUGACUGAUGGAGAGGCAAUAGACAUGUGUAGUCUUCUCUCUCAUCAAGACUGUGUUGUGCGUGCUCGAAGUUGUAGCUUGCUUGGUAAUCUACUGGCACCAUCGGAUGUGUUCUAUGCCAAUUUAAAGAGGUUGAAGCUCAUUCCAGCUCUAAUUCAUUGCCUAGGAGAUUCAGAACAAUCAGUUAGAGCAGCUGCUAGUUUUGCCUUGGGCAAUGCAGCAUUUCACAGUGAUAUGCUGUAUGACAGAUUGACAGGUUCUGUGGCUGCACUUACUGGUAUUUUGGUAGACAAAGUGCCAAGAACUCGUUCCAAUGCUGCUAGUGCAUUAGGAAACAUGUUACUACACUCUGACAGUUUGUGGUCACAAUUGAAGAAAUUCAAAUCUUUGGAGAAGUUGCUUGAAAUGGCUACGAAUGACCGACAAGUGUCAUGCCAACUGUCAGCUCUUCAAUCGUUAAGAAUUGCGUGCAAGCACUCUGUUUGUGUGCAGAUGUUGGCUGAUGUACGUGCUUGGCAAAGAGUGAAUGAACAUCUGACCAAUCUGAGACGAAAAGCAAGUUCUAAGCAAAGGGGACAAUUGAGACCUCACACCGUUGGCGGUAAGCUAUCGGAUAUCCAGUCUGCCAUCGGCCACUGUGCUCAUCUGAUACAUCACCUGUCCAUGCCAUUGACACAUUAGCUGGCUAUGUCUUAGGUGAAGGACUUGUGUAUUGAUCUAUUGUACAUCACUUACAUAGUACCAACCAACUGUAACUCAGUUAGUUUUCUCUUCAAAAUCAAUCUGUGUUGUUUCUAUAAGUAGCAGUCCUAUGAGGAUGCUGUCUUGACUAGAUGAUUGGUGAGUGAUUGUCUCUAUAGUUCUUUAUCAAUUUAAUAGCAUAGUUUGUGAUAUCUUGUCCUGUAUGGCUG